GGCGGCGACUCCGCCUCGCACCCCCCCACGUGGCACGGCCGUGGCAGGGCCGGCCCCGCUCCCCGUGCUGCUGUUGGGGGCGCGCCAGUCACGGGACGCGGCCGAGCGCGAGCGGUUCCGCCCCUUCCUCCAGCCAAGGGGUUGUGCGGCUCCCUUCCCCGUGAGACUCGGCAGCUCUGGGCGUCAGUGGGGUUCAAGAUCGAUGAGACCGCGACUGAAAAACUUUGGGACAAACCCAAGGAACAGAGAGGGAACCCCAAGAAGAAUGUGAAGAAUCCCACCCGGGUGCGAUCCCCACAGUCACCUCGACGUGGCUGAGAAGCUUCACUGCUGAUCGGAUUCAGCGGCAGUGUCAACACGGAGGGAGAGAGCACGAGCAGGCAGGUGCGACAGCUGCUGCCCCUGAGAUCUGGGUCUCGUUGUGUCCCUGCGGCCGGGACGUGGACGUGGCGCCAGGAGGGUCGCGGGGUCAAGGAGCCUCCUCUUUAGUGGUGACAAGACGAGCGACGAUGGGAGGAGGCCUCGCCUGCCACCGUCCGCUGCCAUCGCUGGACCUCCGGGAGCCGCGCCACCGAGGAGCCGAGCGCAAGCUCAGCGCCGUCUGCAACUUCCACGACGCUCCGCCGGGUGCCCCCUCGCUCAGCGAACGAGUCAAUGUGAACCUGGCUUCCGAGGAGGAGCUCAUGACCCUCCCAGGGGUGACCCGGGCGGUGGCGCACAGCCUGGUGGAGUACCGCAGGGAGAUCGCCGGCUUCCGCAAGGUCGAGGAUGUGGCGCUCGUGCCAGGGGUGGGCGCUGCCAAGCUGGAGGCCAUGCGCAUGGAGAUCUGCGUGGGCAGCCCUGGCGCAUUAUCCAUCGCACGUCUGGUCAGCCGAGACUCCCGACCGGAUCUCCUGGCGACCACGCGCAUCAACAUCAACUCGGCGACGCCGGCGCAGCUUGCGAGCGUCCGCGGUGUGAGCGAGAAGCUGGCAGAGCGCGUCGCGCACCACCGGGCCGAGCACGGCCCCUUCCGCACCGUCGACGACCUGGUGCGCGUGCGGGGCAUCAGCGCGUCGCUCAUCGAGCGGGUCCGCGCGCAGGUCUACGCCGGCCUUUCCUCCCGCCCGCCCUCCUUCUGUGCCGGCGCCGGCGUCGGCUUUACGCGCAAAGGGGGCGGCAGCUGCGGCAGCGGCCUGGGCGGGAGCGGGCCGAUCCCCAGCCCGACGUCGCGCAGCCUACGCAGCCUCGCCGGCGCGGAGCGCCCGGUGUCACUGAGCUGCCAGCCCAACUGGAGCGAGGGGAUGCUCCCGGCGGCCUCGGUACGCGCGGGCGAGCACGCCGGCCCAGGACGCGAGCGGCGGCGGCGGCGGCGGCGACAGGGGAGCUGGGCGGGGAACGGGCCUGCGGAGCUCGCGGGCAGCUCGGCGCCGCCCUCCCCUGGCGAGGAGAGCGAGGAGGGAAGCACUGACGACCGAUGCCCCGUGGCGGAGUCGGGCUCCUCGUGCGAUGCGGGCUCGCGGGGCGCAGCGUCCGGCGGCCCCACGUCGUCCUCACCUCUCCGUCCGGCCGUGCGUCCGUUCUCCGGCCUGCACCGCGGCCGGCCCGUGGUGCGGCUAGGCAGCUGGAACCUGCAGCGGUGCUCUCGGGAGAAGUCCUCUAACCCUGGCGUGCGCGAGGUCGUGUGCAUGACGCUGUUGGAGAGCGGAGUGUCGUUGCUGGCCGUGCAGGAGCUGAUGGACACGGAGGCGCUGAAAAAGCUCUGCCUGGAGCUGAACGAGCCGACGGUGCCGCUCGUGCAGAGCUGGGCGGGGCAGCACGGGGACUGGGAGUGCGUGACCUCCGCAGAGCGGCAGCCGGACGGCGGCAGAGAGAUCCUGGGCUUCCUGUGGAACCGGGCGGCUGGCGUGGAGCUGCUGCCCCUUCCUGCACCCCCCGACUGCGCCGGCAUGAUCCCCAGCAACGGCACCGGCGCCAGCUGUCGCGUGCCACUGCUCGUCCGACAAUUCAAGGUCGGGGCCUUUGCGUUCACGGCGGUGAACGUUCAUGUGCGGCCCGCGGCGGACGAAGGCACCGCAGUGCAGCUGCCCCCCCUCGGCCCUGCCCUGCUGUCCCCGGAGAUCGACGGCGUCAAAGGCGGAUGGCCCGUGCUGGUGCUCGGGGGAUUGGGCGCGCAAGCCGCCUCGGCGCUCGGGGGGCUGCCGAGCGUGCUGCCCCCGGAGGCAUUCACCGACAUCGGCAAGGAGAAGCCCGGAGGCAGCCGCGCCGCGGACGGCGUGUGGGUCAGUUCGUCUGUCAAGGAGCGGCACACAGGAGGGAGCGCGGUGGUGCGUGCGGGGCUGAGCAGCGCGUGGAUCCCCGACGGCUGGGCCUGGGGGGGCUUCGUCUCCGACCACUGCCCUGUCUGGGCCGAGUUCUUCACCGACUUUCCCCGCGGCAAGGCGGAGGACGUCAGGAGCAGCGCCUGAGCGUCCUAGCAGCGCGCGGAGAUUCCACGCGGUGCCCUCUGCCGCCCCUCGUCCCCUCGUCUCGCCGACACCUGGCACUCGGAGAUUACGGGGAGCGUGCGGCACGUUAAUAAUAAUGACUGAACACUGCCUUGCGGCGCGAGCUGCUCGUUUCUGCAGCGCCUGCAUCAGAGGCCCCAGCUUCCCACCACUCGGCCGUCGUCCCUCUGCUGCAGAGCCAGUAACCAUCAUGGUGCCUUUUCAAUGUAACUUUAGAUUCCUGUUGAUUUGACUCAUGGGCCUGAGACAAGGCUCUCCUGAGCUGUGAGUGUUUCCAUUGCUGCUGCUGCUUGUGACUGACAUUUACUUUACAACCGCACGUGGCCCCAUAGGACCAUCUCCAGCCCAUGGGGUGACCAGGGUGGCCGUGGGGUGACGAGGCUCAAUGUAUGGUGACCGAGGUGAAUGUUGGAUGUAUGCAGGGUGUCUGGGUGGAUAUUGGGUGUAGAGUCACCAAGGUGGCAAGUGACUGGGGUGAAUGUGGUGACUGGGAUGGAUGUGAGGUGGAUGUGGUGACUGGGGUGGCUGUGUGGUGACUGGGGUGACUGGGAUGAAUGUGUGGUGACUGGGGUGACUGGGUUG